AGUUUCGAACUUGACUGUACGUAGAAGGACAGGAAUACACCAGAUGUGGUUUUCUCUCGGCUCGUGAUUCAGUGCCUAUGCCAGUUAUAUAUGUAAUAUAUAUAUAUAGAGCUCAAUAGCACAGACGACGUUCAGCGUAAUGGAGAUGAGCGGCGUUUGACGUGAAUCCGAAAGCAGAGCUGGACAGGAGCAAAAUAUUCCAAAAAUACGCUAACAAUGGCGGACGAAGAACUACCAGCGGGUUGGGAGAAACGCCUUAGCAGAUCAACCGGUCAACACUAUUAUUUAAAUAUUUAUACUAAGGAAAGUCAAUGGGAUAGACCGGAUAAGCCUGCAGAUCCAUCCAGCAAUGGCAAGGCUGACGGUCCGGAGGAAGUGCAAUGCUCUCAUCUACUUGUGAAACAUUCAGGAUCUCGACGACCUUCCUCCUGGCGGGAAGAGAAUAUCACUAGGUCAAAGGAAGAGGCUCUCGACUUGGUCAAGUCUUAUAGAGAACAAAUUGCAUCUGGCAAAGCAACAUUUGCUGAGCUCGCCUCCAAGUACAGCGACUGCAGUUCUGCAAAGCGUGGCGGUGACCUCGGACCUUUUAGUCGAGGCGCAAUGCAGAAGCCCUUUGAGCAAGCAGCAUUUGCACUGAAAGUCGGCGAGUUAUCUUCGCCCGUUCACACAGAUAGCGGAAUACACAUCAUCCAACGAACUGCAUAAGUCAGUUUAGUUCAAGUUUGUGAGAAUUUUCUCUUUUUCUCUCUUUAUCUUUCUCUGUCUUUUGAUCUUAUCGAUUGUAAAUUUAUGCCAAGAAAUGUUCUCCUAACUCUAAUUCUAUACUAAUUGUUGCGAUAUACUUAUUUAAGUCAGAAUUUAAACUUGACAUUAGUUUUCAGUUCAAACAUUUCUUUAGGCCUAUUUUUAUCUUUUAGCUUUUUUGUUGAUAAUUCUGUGUUUUGCGAUAAGAUAAUAACAAAUUGAAACAUUACAAUAUCUAUAUAAAAAUAGAAAUAUUGUACUUUAAUAUUAGACGAAAUAAUUGUCGAAUACGCAUCUUGACGAAUCCACUUGUCAUUAUCUUACCGCAGGAUGUAGCAGUUGUAUAAUAUUAAACGUCUUCCAGCCAAAUGGAAGCUAAAAUGCCGACUACGUGAUCAACUUUGUUGCCCGAUAAUUUCAUAUUGCUGUUGGUGCAGUAAUUUAAAUUUCUUAAAGGAAUUCAUUAAAGAAAUAUGACAAAAUAUUUCAGCAACAAAAUUAUUAUAAUGUAAUAUUUAUAUAUGGAUCGAUCAAUUCUUGAUCACAUUUAUGGUGAAGCUCCAUUUUUUAUUGUAUUUCUUAUUAACUUAUUCAUACUUAAGUUAUGCUAAAGUUUGAUUUAGUUAUAAUUAAAUUGUCCUACAAUAUUUUAAUACACUGAUAAAUAUUUGAAGAGCAAAUACUUUGAUAGAAUACUUCCAAAGUAUGUUUAAACUUGGAUGUGGCAAAUAGUUUUUUAAAUUUAUUUUAUAUUAGUCUGCGCGUCAUACUUUAUGCAUUUACGUGACAUGGUACUUUAACAUUUCACCAAGCAUUUUUAUUAUUCUUACAUUUAGGAUGCACAGAUUUGUAUGUAUUUUCGACACAUGUUGAGAAAGAAAUUAUGGAUACAAAUGUAAAUCGUAUAUGUCCGAAAAAAUAUUCUAAUAUACUAAUUUG